AUGCCUCCUGGGCGCCUCCCUCAGAAGGUGUUCCAUCGGGAAAAGGUCCCGGGGAAGUCUGGGAGUCCCUGCUUAGACAGGUGCCCCUAUGACCUGGCCCCGUAUAAGUGGAAGAAAAUGGAUGGAUGGCGUGUUCCCAGUUCUCCUGUGCUUCAGUUUGGACCCACUAUCUCCUGCAGCCUGACUCACACUCUGUUCAAGAACAUUCUGCAAAAGAGCAAAGUCUACAGCCGAGACGUGUGCCACGACAUCGCCAACAGACUGGACAACAAAAACCAGCUCAUCAUGCGUCUAGAUACCAGCAUCAGCGAUGACAAACUCAUGAGAAUUGAUGGCACAGCAGUCCUCGGUUAUGAUAAUGUCACCUCUACGCCACUACCUCAGACUCGAUGGGUGAGACCCCCGCAGCCUCCGGUUUCCACUAUUGUGCAGGAAUCGCUCUUAGACAGGGAUGCAGAUUUUUCAAUGAAAGGGGUUGAAAAGUUUUCCAGUGGCAGUAGUGGUGAAGAACAAACUUCUGGACCAUAUAAAAAAGCUAGACCCUCCACCUCCAGAGAUGAACCAGUAGAAGACAUAGAUGAGGAAGAAUUCAACAAUCUCCAAAAUACUAUUAUUGACUGGGAUGACGAAACCUGGACUCCAGAAAUGGAAUCUCAAACACAGUCUUCCUCUGAAGAGGACGAGACAAAGGAGGUGGACUCUGCCUCUGAUGACAGCCAAGAUCUAGAGUACAUACCACCAAUUUGUCUAAGGGCUGGGGGUGCACAGAAACAACCAUUUUGUGUUGACACAUUGCCACAGAUAACAUUGCCAACUUCUGGAAGAAAGACACUGAAGGGAUCAUUAAUGGAUUAA